GCUGCCACACGGGGCAACUGGCAAAGGGACCAUCCCAACCGGGGAAGCCAAGUUCUCUGGCAGCCGGAGUCUCUGGCACGCGCGGCCGCAUCCCCUCCUCCCCUUCCCCGCCCUGUCACGCUGCAGGCUUCAGGAAGGGAAGCCAAGAAUCCACUCUUCUCCCCCAUCCGGAGCCCAGCCUCGUUUUUCGGGGAAGAGCCGAGGGACUGGCGACCCAGAAGGCUUCCGCAGGCGUCUUCGGAGGCGCUUCCUCCCGCCCUCCCUCGCUCGCUCGCUCGCUCGCUCCGCAGUAGGCUGGUUGCCAAACCUGAAUUGUCAGCGGGAGAGCGGCAGAGCAGCCCAGCGGCUGCCCUGUAGUUUCAGCCUGCCUGUGCUGCAGGUUUUUCAGGUCACAGGAGCACCUGCCUAGUGCGCACUCAUUCAUAUAAACAGGCACGCACACACACCCCACAGGUACACACACAUAUAAGGGUGCUGGUUGAGGCAACCGCCUUCAGAAGUACAGCAGCCUUCACCUGAGAGCCGAGCCCACUUCAGGAAGAGCCCUCGCUUGCUUCCCAGGACACAAGGGCUGCCAAAGACCAGCUGAGAGAGAGCCCAGCGUUGACAGCCUCAGAGCAGAAUCACUCGUUCCAUCAAACCAACACAAGCAGUAAAAUGUCCUCUGAAACAGUUGCCAGUCCCACCGAGGAACAGAGAGAAAUCCUGGAGUUCAAUUUUAACAGGGUGAACAAGCACCCUGACCCCACCACUCUUUGUCUCAUUGCUGCUGAGGCAGGGCUGUCGGAGGAAGAGACCCUGAAAUGGUUCAAGAAGCGCCUGGCAGAGUGGAGGAGAUCAGAAGGGCUCCCUUCUGAGAGCAGAUCUGUCAGAGACUGACUGGAAAUACCCUUCAGGAGUCAAACCUGCCAAAACUGAUGGCCGUCUGAAUUCAGUGAUGACUUUUGUUGUGGGAAUUGCGACUAUCAAAACUAAUGUAUUCUGUUAUUUAAUCUGCUGCCUUAUUUAAAAUGUACAUAACCUAAUAAUUAUAUAAAACAUUAUGCAUUAGCCAUGGUUGUGUAAAACUUAGAAAGGAGAUGCUACAAAUCCCAUUUGCUGCUGUGUUCCUUUUAUGGUUAUGAUCAACAUUUCCUUCAAUUGCUGGAAAAACGAAUACAAGAUUGAAAGAAAAUGUCUCUAUGCACAGUCAUAAAAUUACCCAGGGUUGCUGCUAGAGCAUGUCAGAGCAACUUCCAGAAAACUGACAAUUAACAACCUAGGCAUAAAGUUGUCAGUUAUUUGUCCACUGAGAGGCCUUAGCAUACAGAAGCGAGUUAUGCAUUGUUCAUGUUCCGUUCCUAAGGCCUGUGGUUGUGCAAAAACCACACUGAGCUAAUGAGGUUUCAGGCUGGAAUUGGGAAAUCCCUGGUGAUUGUGCAGUGGAGUCCGAGGAAGGUGGGAUUUGAAGAGGGGAGGGGGCCUGAGCAGGUUAUAAUGCCAUCGUCCAUUCUCCAAACAAGCGGUUUUCUUCAGGGAACUGAUCACUGUAAUCUGGAAAUCAGUUUUUAAUCCCAGGAUUUCUCCAGGUCCCACCCAGAGAUUGGCAGCUCCAAUACUAAUACACAAUAGGGCCAAGGCACUCCGGCCACUAUCAGCUCAUUUCUCACAGCUGGACGAUGCUAAGAAUUUCACCAGAACACAUCUGCAGCAACAGGAGGGUCCUUGUUUGGGAGGGGGGGAGGGACAAAGCAGUGCUUUCCCAAGGCUCUUGUAAAAAGGAAAGAGCAGACUAGAGCUGCACAUUGAGGCCACUUAGGUCCUAUCAGGAAGGGCUGGAUCCAGAGUGGCUGCUAUAUUUCUUCCACCCAGCUUCCUGUUCCUAGUCAGGCAGGCUGAGUCACUUAACAUUGCCAUACCUUUUCCACUUCGGUUGGCUUGGUACAAAGAGGGCAGCAGGAAAGUCUGCCCCAGGCAGUGUUAGCCUCUACUGGAAGGGUUGGGUUGUGCCCUUAGUACGCUGGCAUAUUAAAAUGUUGUGUCAGCUGAAUGAGGAUUUGUGAAUGCAUACACAAUAGCCACAUUUCCUGGAUUCUUCCAAACGUUUGCUAAACAAAAUGGAUUAUUUUUUUCUCAGCUAUGUUAAUAAUAAAGAAUGUUUUACUUAAA